CCCCUGUCAACGGAGAGCCGAUGAAUCGGCGCUUCCUGUUGACCCUUACGAUCCGCUUCCGGUCGCGGGCGUCGUCACGUGGCGACGCGCGGUGUAUUGUGGGUGCUUUACCCAACCCCCACCCAGCGCAAAGCGGACGCCUCUGUUGAUUGACGACACCGGCCUCACCAUGAGUCUGUGGGAUCACAACGACUACCUGGAGGAGCCCAGCGAUGACGAGGAAAACCAGCUGAGUAGCUCGGAGGACGAGGUGGACGUCCUGCUGAACGGUCCGGCCAAGCGGAAGCGCCGCCUCAUUCGCGAGGUGCUCACGGGCGAGAGCGAGUCGUCCAGCGACGAUGAUUUCGUCAAGGAGAUGGCAAAGGAGUUGGACUCGACCGUGCGCGAGAUCACGGCCGUCUGGGCGCCUCCACCGGUGCCGGCGAUAAAUGGAGACGGCAAUCAAGCGGGAGCCUCGGCCGGGACGGGCGACGCCACCAGCGCCACGAACCCCGAGUUCUACGACGACAUUUACUUUGAGACGAGCUCGGAGGAAGAGUCCACUGAGGGAGGUGUGAGCGCCCGCAAGAAGAAAAAGCUGAAGAAGCGCAAGGAGGCGUCGCGCCGUGUGCUUACCAACGAUGAGCUCAUGUACGACCCGGGCAUGGACGACGCCGACCAGGAGUGGGUGGACAAGCAGCGUCGCCGGUACCGCGGGCUGCAGAGCGGGAGGGCGGACGGCAAAGCGGAUGAGGAGACUCCCUCCAGCGAUGCUGUGCUCAACUGCCCCGCGUGCAUGACCACGCUGUGCCUCGACUGCCAGCGGCAUGAGCUGUACAGUCACCAGUACCGCGCGAUGUUUGUCCUGAACUGCACGGUGAACCGCUCCGAGGUGCUGCGCUACCGCAUGGCGCGGCCGCGCGGGAAGGGCAAGCAGAGGCGGCGGAAGGGGACCACCGGCACUGAGGAGGCUGCCGCCAACGCCGGGACCUUCCACGCAGUGGCGGGAGGCACGGGGAAGGAGGCGGAGGAAGAGGAGUACUACCCGGUGACGUGCAACGAGUGCCAGACGGAAGUGGCCGUCUUCGACAAGGAAGAGGUCUACCACUUCUUCAACAUCAUCGCCAGCCACUCGUAGGGCCCCCCCCGGUGGCUGCCCCUCUCACUGCGUGGAUGGGAGAAAAGUCAAAAUUUCAGUCGCAAAUUCCACAAGACUCAGGACAUAGGUCACCUCGUACCUCUGUUAUAAUCACACAUUUAUUCUUACCUCGAUAACCUUAAUUGAUUUAGUUUCUUUCACGUAGAUUAUCCCAUGUGGUGCUUUGUUGGUGUUGCAGACAACAGAGGCUGAAUGGCCUUGGGUAAAGACUCAUGUGUGAGGCCUUUGCAGCAAAAGCCAUUGUUAUAUCGUAUUGUACUGUACUCCGCCGUCUAUGUCCCCACGUUCACCAACCUGCACUGACAAGUGUGGUUAGAAGUAUGGUCAAAUAGCCCCCACCACCCGCACGCUAUGGGGCGGCUAUCAUCCAGCUGCGGGUUAACAAAAGGACUGUACGCGGGUACACUUCUUACAUUUGAGAAACCGGUUCAGCUCAUUACUACUUCCAGGGGCUCAAGUACUGCAUCAACAGUGAUACGGGCUUUGACGUGAACAUUAACAUUUUGUCAACAAGAACCAACCACUUUACACCUUUCCAAACUGUCAAAAGUGUAAUUGUUAGAAUCAGUGAUACUGCAUUUAAGAGGGCCACCUGUAUGUAUGUAUGUUGAAUCUCUUUCGCACCAUAGGUAGCCAACCGUGCUAAUCGGAGGUGCACCUAUAGAUGCACAGUCCCUUUUGUGAGUCCACUGUUGGAUGAGGGCCUCUCCCCCCCCCCCCCACACUGAAGAUAAUGGGGGUUAUUUGACCAUAGUGCGGACCGCAGGUCAGUGCGGAAUGGUGAAGGCGGAGAGCGUAGACCUCGGAGGAUAUGCAGCACAACGAUGGAUUGUUACUGCAAGAGGAGUGGGACUUUACACGGUGCAACGAAAUAUAACCGAUGCUUGAUGUAUUAAAAUAGCACGCUGGUUAGCACAUGUGCCCAUCCGUAUGAAUUACCUUAGUGUUUUGCAAACUCGCUGAACUAAUUCUGCUGUAACUGCCAAACAAACACGUGCAUUAACCAUGUGCAGAACAUCUGUUUCAGAAGAUAAAUGCAUAAUUUGACUUGGAAAAUUUGACUUAUUCUCCAAAGUGUCAACAUGCAGUGAGGUGUUACAUAUUUGUAAGUAACGCAAAAUAAUAUGUAAAUAAACCACUUUUAUUUUUAUUUCUUUA